AAUGGAUUAAUUCCCCCUGUGAUCCAGCUGCAGAGUGGCAGUGACGUCACAGUGACGUAGCAGCGCCUCCUCCCGCAGCUCCUCUGAGCAGCUCAGUUAGUUUGUGAUUUUCCUCUUUUUGCUGCGGGUCUCCUGACGGUUUACCGAGGACAUAAAUCCGCGUUCGCGUGUCCAAGCAGAAAAGUGCAUGACGAAACCUUUUGGCCAGCGAUGGAGGCAUGGCCAACGGUGGCCUGGGUCCUGCUCAUGACCAGCAUCGCUGACUGGCAGAAAACUGUCCAGUCACGGGACUUCUCCAUGACGGACAUUAUCCUGCUGCAUCCCUCAACGACACCUCACCCCGGUGGCUUCAAGUGCUUCACAUGUGAAGACGCUGCAGAUAACUAUGAGUGUAACCGCUGGGCGCCGGACGUUUACUGUCCCAGAGAUGCCAAAUACUGUCUCACACUACACAUGAUGGACAACCACGGGGAAAGCGUGUCCGUGACAAAGCGUUGUGCGGCGCUGGACGACUGUCUGUACACCGGCUGUGCUGAUGUCACCGAUAAUGGCUAUCAGAUGUGCUCGUCCUGCUGCGAGGGCAACAUCUGCAACGUGUUGGUGCCGAGGAAUGCAAGCAGCGCCGUUUUCUCCUCCACGUCUCCGCUGACCAGCUCCAGCAGAGGCUCUCCUCCCGCCACGCUGAGCUACAUCAUCAUCAUCGCCAUAUUUACAUGUGGAUAUAUUUGAGAGGCUUAGUGUAAAUAAGAACAGACUUGAUAAAGGAUGCUUUUUGUGAAAAUGUAUUUCCUUUUUUAACAAACCUGGUAAAUGCAGCAUCAGGGAUUCAUUUUUAUGUGAUCCUGAGGUUGUUUCAGUGUUUUUAAUUGAGGUUUGAACAAAUAAAAGACCCGUCACUGCUGCACUAUAUUCCCUCACAUUAGGUUUCUUUUUGUUAAUUUAUGCUAAGUGUAGAAGUUGUAUCAGUAUUAUUGUGACCGUGUUUUUUUUAACCAUGUCAGUGUGUAAUUUUCUAAGGUUUUGUCAAUAUUAAAAUUGCUUGUAAAUACAAUUAUCUCAAUGUCUUAUCUUAUAUAAAUAUCCAACAUGGAAGAAAAACUGAUGGAUUUAAGACAGAAACAUGAAUGGCUUACAAUCCAAUCCUGUAAUAUGUAAUCAAGGUUAAAAUACAGUAGAUUUAACAUUUUGAUCUAUUUGGACCUUCAGCAAAUUACACUCCUUCCAUUCACUCUGAAAUAUAAAUACUAAUCUUCAAUUUUAUAGGAAUUAUGUUCAAUCAAUGACAUCAUGCUAUUUAUGGUUGAGCUUCAAAUAUUUAA